AUGAUUCAGCCCUCCUUCGUGCAACUCAGCGUCCUCGCUGCGGCCGCGCUUCUCGGCGCUGUCCCCUCGGCGUCGGCUACUGCUCUUCCUAGCUCCCACCUGGCCGAGCGUCAAUCGACCUCGGCCCAGCCUACCCCGGGCAUGGGCUUCAACACGUACAACGCCUACGCCUGCUCCCCCUCGGAGGCCACCUCGCGUACCACGAUCGACCGUCUCAAGUCGGACGGCUACCUCGCCGCCGGCUACAACUUCUUCCAAGUCGACUGCGGCUGGGUCUCUCGCGAUGGCGAGCGCGAUGCUUCGGGCAACCUCAAGACCAACACGGACCGUUUUCCCUCCGGCAUGCCCGCCUUGAGCCAGUAUACCACCUCCAAGGGUCUCUCGUUUGGCCUGUACUCGGAUGCAGGUCUCCGCGCGUGCGACACCGAGAGUCCCAGCCCUGUGAUGGGCAGUCUCGGCUACGAGGACCAGGACGCAGCCCUGCUCAAGAGCUUCGGCGUCAGCUACCUUAAGUACGACAACUGCUACGUCGAUGGCACUACUGGCGAUGACAAUGCGCCCAAGAACGCGAGGUCGGAUUUCCCCUCGAGAUUUUCGAAGAUGACCAGUGCGCUCGCCAAGGUGGGCAUCAACAAGAUGCUCGUUUGCCAGUGGGGUGUCGCACAGCAGCAGGACGACGGCCGCCUGAUUGGUCCCGCCCAAUGGACCCAGGGCAUCGGCACGUCCUACCGUCUUUCGGACGACAUCGGCUCCGGAUGGGGCAACGUGGUGCGUAUCAUCAACCAAGCCAUCCCCAUCGCACUCAACAAGAACUCGGGCCCGGGCCACUUUGCCGACGCCGACCUGCUCGAGGUGGGCAACGCCGGCAUGACGAUCGACGAGCAGGCCACCCACUUCGCCUACUGGGCCAUGAUCAAGAGUCCGCUGGUCAUCUCUACGGACCUCACCGCCAUCUCCAAGGCGGCCAAGGCCAUCUUGCUCAACAAGGGCCUCAUCGCGAUCAACCAGGACAGUCUGGGAGAGCCUGUCAAGCUGAUCGAGCGUCGCCCGGGCAAGUCGGAUCUGCACGCGGGUAAGCUGGCCAAUGGCGACAUGGCGGUUCUCGCUUUCGAUUUCACCAACAACCGCCGCUACGUCAAUGUUCCCUUUGGCUCGUUGGGCAUUGCCUCUGCUGACGUGACGGAUCUGUGGACCGGUACCAAGCGAACGGGUGUUUCCAACUACGGCAAGACGAUCAACGGUCACGGCUCCAUCGCUUUGCGACUGUCCAACAUCAAGUACACGGGCUACAACCCCAAGCUGAAGUACAUCGCCGCCAGCGCAGCCGUGCUCGCUGGCGAUGCCAAUGUCCAGGCCUGCUCCGGCUGCUCCAAGGGGAACAAGGUCGGCUUCGUCGGCAAUGGCGCUGGUAACACGCUCACGUUCAACAACGUCAAGGCCUACGCAAGCGAGUCGGUCAUCUACUUCGAUUACGUCAACGCCGAUGUCGGCUUCGGCGGCUCGACCAACGACAGGACCGCGCAGAUCAGCGUCAACGGAGGCCCCGCACAGACCGUCAGCUUCCCUCUGAGUGGCUACGACUGGGACAAAGACGUCACCAAGGGCUACCGCGUCAGGCUCACCGGCUUCACCAAGGGAACGUCCAACUCGAUCACCAUCUCCAACGCCGACUCGUACGCGCCUGACUUUGACCGUAUCGGCUUCACUUAA